CUAUGAUAUUUGUACAUAAAUGCAAAAACCGCAGUUGAAUCGCGACGGAUUGCCUUUGCGUCGUUGCAUCUUCUGUAACAUGAGCCAUUACAACUAGUGUUACAUAACGUUUCGGCAUGAUGUAAACAUGGCUGCGAGAAAAGUUCUUGUUGGUGAGUGAAUUUUCUUCAUAUUUUGUAUUUUGUGCAAUCGUUGUACAGUACAUAGGUGAGAAUAAUGAAAAUUUGUUUGAUAUUUGUAUGAUGUUUGCUAUCAUGCAAACCAGGGGUGUUGUGCAGGAAUUUUAUCUCAAAUUUUCAAUCACAUGUGAGAAGAGUGCUUGCAAUUUCACUCCACCAAAUACCGACAGUUUUCUUGAGGUAGCCUGCCAGCCUGCUUUAUCUGACCUCUGGAGAGGCUACCAAAGGGUAGCUCAAUUUAAUCUAGGUCUUUGGACUUGGCCUUCUCAUGUUGAAAAAGGCAGUGUUUAUAUUCCAAAUGUGACGUCAUUUCUGGGCAUGUACAUGAAAAAUUACCUGGGGCCUACCCUAAGCAGAACUGGGGCCAUUUGUUUACUCUAAUCAAGGACAUCAAGCUUUGAACAAUCUGGCUAUAUUUCUUGUAGGUGGUGGGAGUGGUUUCAUUGGUCGUGCCCUCUGCAAGUCACUCAAGAAAUGUGGCUAUGAAGCGAUCUUGUUAUCAAGAACACCUGGACAUUCCAAAAUAACCUGGGUAACUUGACAACCAACCUAGUUUUGUUGCCGAUAAGGUGGCCUAAAUGGCAUUAGUCAAACACCUUAAUAUUUUUCCCUAGAGUGAUUUGAAAAAGAAUGGUGAAUUACCAGAAUGUGAUGCAGUUAUCAAUCUCGCUGGAGAAAAUAUUGCUAAUCCAAUGAGAAGGUUAGAUUUGGUUGUUUAAUUUGCAUUUCAAUUUUAAGUGUCUGAUCCAUGCGACCAUUAUUGCAUUGGCUAACUUGUUGCAUUUUGUAAUUCCAUAGAUGGAAUGAAAGUUUCAAGGCAGAAUUGAUUGAAAGUCGGAUUGGGACAAAUAAAAUUUUGACAGAGUUGAUAAAAAAGGCAGCUAAACCACCACAAGUUUGGAUCUCAUCAUCUGCAAUCGGUAUGAAUAGACCUUUUUAAAAGGUCUGCCUUAUUGUGAUGUAGUUUGUGGAUAAAUAUGAUCAUUUGGCCAAUCAGGGAAGCCAAAUGGCUGUGCAGGGUUUUCCUUUAUCCGCAAACUACCAUAUGUCAUAAGGCAGACUUUCUAAAAAGGUCUGUUGUAUAGAGCAGACCAAUAUUAAUAUACCAUCAGCAAAAUUAUAUAUAGAGCAGGACAGAGUAGAAUGGAAUAGCAUAGGAAUAGCAUAGGAAUACAUUGAUUGUUAUAAAAUUCUAUUUUAUUUACAAAACAGGUUACUACCCAACAAGUGAAACAGCAGAAUACACAGAGGAUACACCUCCUGAACCAGAAAAUAAUUUUUUUGCCAAAAUUUGUUGUGACUGGGAACAGUCAGCCAUUCUGCCAUCAGAUCAUCCAUCUCGGCAUGUCACUCUCAGGAUUGGUUUGGUUCUUGGCCGUGAUGGUGGUGCCAUAAAAUCCAUGAUUUGGCCAUUUUGGUUUGGCGUUGGAGGUAUGGAAGCAUGCAAACUUUAUAAAAAUAAUAAAGUAGGGCACAUUGGAGCACAAUGCAACUUUAACCCUUCAAGUGGCAAUGCACCCGGAUGCACCAUACUUUAUUAUUUUACUCUGUCAAUUUUACUUGUCAGUGGGAGAGUGCUGCCACUCUAUGGGUUAAUUAAAAGCCUCAAUGCCUAAUCAUUUCUGAUUUCAGGGGUUGUUGGCAAUGGCAAGCAAAUUAUGUCAUGGAUUCACCUUGCAGACAUUGUAGGGAUAAUCAUACAUGCUUUGGAGAAUGACAAUGUCCAAGGCAUUCUGAACGCAACUGCUCCGCAACCUGUUUCAAAUUCUGAAUUCACAACAACAUUUGCCAGUGCACUGUGGCGACCAGCAUUCAUUCCGGUACCAGCGUUCGCUGUGAACAUGAUCUUUGGACAGGAAAGAGGAAUUAUGCUGCUUGAGGGACAAAAAGUUAUUCCUAAGAGGACAUUGGAAUCAGGCUACAGUUUCCUGUUUCCAGAUAUCGAGUCAUGUUUGUUAGAUAUUGUGAAGUGACAUUGUGUAUAUAAAAUGUUCUAAAGUAAAGAUUCACUUUAUUAUUUCACUCUGUCUAAUGCCAGAUGAUUUUACUCAUCUAGGAGAGAGCACUGGUGCUCAAUGGAUUAAAUAUGUACUUGUAUGUUUCUGAUGCUAUACACAAGAAAGAGUUUAUAGCAAUUUGAAAGCACCUCAAAGUGUGUAACAAACUCAGCUAGUGCUUCCUUAGCCUAUGUCAUAGAUCCUAUCUCUGAGGAAUUGAGAUAGGGUCUACGACAUAGGCCAGCACUUCCUUUUCUAACAUGCUUUUUGGCAUUUCAAAGACUGAUAGCAAAUUCAUUCUUAUGUAUGGUGAAGUUUACAAACAUUACACUGAGCACUCACAGGUUUAUGAAUUUAUUGUUUCUUUGAACUAUCUGACCACAUUGGCAAAAGAUCACUUUCGGGAUAGCCAUGUAUAAGUAACAACAGAACCACCAUGACUAAUAAUGGCAGUACAGCAUAAAGCACAAGCUUUUUGCUUGACCCUUGAUGAAAGCUAAUAAAUAUCCUAUCUUGAGUACAUUGCUUAAAUCUGUCACAAAAUUCUAUCAAAAUGUAUGUACGCUUUGGAACCUUUGGUGAUGGCAAAGUUACCAAAUAAACUCCUGGUUUAUCAUACUUGCUAAUGUGAUGUGUAACUCCCGUCUCUGUAGCGUAACUAAUGACAACUCUGGAUUCCCAAUUAUGUCCUUUAACGAGGCUACCAUAAAUUUCAAAUUCCACAUCAAAACUUGCAGUUGUGACCGUGUGUAGUUCAUUGGUAGUUUUAGUGAACACAAUUCCAAACUUGUCUCGGACAUUACUCUUGUUUGUGUCUAAAUUGGAAAAUGACAAGAUGGCUCCAUCUGAGGUUGAAACAAUGAAAGCCAUAUUUUCCCAGUCAUAAAUGACGGGCGUGUAUGAUAUUUCGUCUGUUGGAAUAACUUCGAGACAUUGGGUGUUUCCACCAAGAAUAUUUAAAUUUCCUCCUGACAUGAUGUACAUAUCGACCAAGUUAUCAGGUUGGGUCUGAAGCAAGACGUGCGAGUGAAUCUCAUUACCUAAUGAGACCGGCCACUUUGGCAAGACUUGACCAGUUUCACUGUCUAGAACCCAUAUAUAACCAUCGUUAGUUGCAAUAACGACUUCUACUUUAUUAUCGUUGUCAAUAUCGUACAAUUGCGCACCUGCGGUUACAGUUCCAGAGACGAUGGCCUCCCAUAUUAGUUUCUCUUUACUGUAACACAUUACAUUUGCACUCUUGUCAACAGCAAUAACCUCCAAAUGUCCAUCAUCAUUCACAUCACCAACUGCAAUUUUACCAGCAAUGGAGUCUGAUAAAUCAAACGACCAAGGAUACUGUCCAUCCUUGUUCCAAACAUGUAUCCUACCUGAUGCGCUACCGAAUAUGACUUCAUCACUGCCAUAGUUACCGUCUAAGUCAAUAACCGUAGGUGAGGAUAACAGGUAGCUAGGUAAGCUACUGGAUUUCAUUGUUAACUCGAAGGUUGUAUUAUAUAUUAUUUCCCUCGUCCGAAGGUCAACAACUAUUAAACCGCUAGCCUGGUAAAAGUCAAGAUUAGAUUUGUCUAAAGUUAAGUUUAAUAGCAGCCGUUGUUCGUUUGAUUUAACUUCGUUAUCAAAAUAAUAAUUAACUGGUAUAAUCAGGUCACUGUUUAUGCCAUCGCCGCUAAAAUCACCAAUGACAGGAGUUGAUAAAAUAUGGGUAUCGAGCACUACAAACGAUUUAAACUUUACGUCAUGAUGCUCAUUAUAAUCAUCCGCAGUAAUGAACCUUGUAUUUUUCUCAGGGCUUAAGUCAUAUUCUGAAUGUUUUGUUGUAUGUAUGUUCAAAACAUACCAUUCACGUUUGACCAUUAGCCAAGGCAGGGGGGUGGUGUAUCUUGCCAACACUGUCCCAUUUUGUGAUAGAAACAUAAUUUUGCCAUUGUCUGUUGUAAGCAAAAUAUCCAUCGAACCAUCUUGGUUAAUAUCAUAUAACAAAGGACCUGAGUAGAAAGACUCUUCAGGAAAAUGCACAGGCCAUUGUGAGCCCUCUUCUCCGGUAGCUGGGUCAAUAACACUUCCACUUCCAUCAAGAGUAGUGACAACUAAACCAUGCUUGUCGUUUUUGUUUAGUUUUGCAAGCAGAGGCAGCGAAACCACUGCUGAAUCGCUUAUACUAACUGUCCAGUUUAAUUUCAGUUCCUUGUGGCAGGAUUUGGUGAAUGUAUGUUGUAAAAUUGGCACAAAAAUGAUUAAAAUUUUAGUAAAAUACAUGCACAACAUGUUAGUUUUGUUUGUCAUAUUUUACGCCGACUGCUAGCC